GGUCUUAACAACUGCUACGAAACUCAAUCCUACACCAUGUGAUUCAAAUCCAUUGAGUUUGACACCAUUUCGGCUUUUCCUAUGCAGUAUUCAUUGAACCAUUACCAUCCCAGCCUCUCAACUCCGCGAAAAUGGCGAAAGUGCUUCCUACAAUCCACCUGCAAACCACAUGUUCGAUGAAAUGCCAACCGUCUUUCUCUAUGCUUCCUUCAACACUUCACUUAGAGAAGAAGCCGCCGCUGUUCUACCACAGGAACCGCAGUUUUCAGCGCCUCUCGACCAGGUCGUUGGAGACGGAGAGCGACGGGAAAUUAUCCGAUGUGGGGAGAGAGGAAGCUGAGUUGAUGGGUGAUGCAAGCUCUGAUUCUAGUGCCCACGUUGAUGAUGAGUACCCUAGUGGUGAGUUUGUGUAUAAGGAGAAUGAUGUUUGGAAAGAUUUGGUCGUCAAGUCCAGAAUGUUGAUCGCUUGGCCAUGGCAGCGUGUCAAGAAAGGCAGUGUGCUCACGAUGAAGAUACGUGGCGAGAUAUCUGAUCAAUUGAAAAGCCGUUUCUCCUCAGGAUUAUCUCUACCUCAAAUUUGUGAGAAUUUUAUAAAAGCAGCUUAUGAUCCUCGUAUUUCGGGUAUUUAUCUCCACAUUGAACCGUUGAGUUGUGGGUGGGGGAAGGUUGAAGAAAUUUACCGGCAUGUUGUGGACUUCAAGAAAUCAGGCAAGUUUGUUGUGGGCUAUGUUCCAGUAUGUGGAGAGAAGGAGUACUACAUAGGCAGUGUUUGUGAAGAGCUUUAUGCCCCACCAAGUGCUUACUUUCAGUUGUAUGGGCUGACUGUUCAGGCAUCAUUCCUUGGAGGUGUCCUGGAGAAAAUUGGGAUCGAGCCUCAAGUUCAACGGAUUGGUAAAUAUAAGAGUGCUGGAGAUCAACUUACACGUAAAAACAUAUCUGAUGAAAACCGUGAGAUGUUAACGGCUUUGCUCGACAAUAUUUAUGGAAAUUGGGUAGAAAAAAUUUCUCUCGCUAAAGGUAAUUUUGAAUGUGUCCCCUGGUUAAACUCGAGGUUUUUAUCAUCUGAUGUGGUGAUUCUUUGUGCAGGAAAGAAAAAAGAAGACAUUGUGAGCUUUAUCAAUGAAGGAGUAUAUGAAAUUAAUAGACUGAAGGAAGAUGGCUGGAUAACUGAUAUAAAAUACGAUGAUGAGGUCGAAUCACUUCUAAAACAGCGUCUGGAAAUUCCUAGUGAUAAAAAACUUCCUACAGUUGACUAUAGGAAAUACUCCCGUGUCAAGAAAUGGACUUUAGGAUUGACUGGCUAUAGAAAUCAGAUUGUCGUAAUCAGGGCCUCUGGAAGCAUUAGCCGUGUUCGUGGUGCAUUCAGUACGUCCAACUCAGGGAUUGUUGCUGAGCAAUUCAUUGAAAAGAUUCGCACCGUAAGAGAUUCCAAAAAGUACAAGGCAGUCGUCAUUCGCAUUGACAGUCCUGGAGGAGAUGCCCUUGCAUCUGAUUUAAUGUGGAGAGAAAUCAAACUUUUGGCUGCAUCAAAGCCUGUAAUUGCAUCAAUGGCUGAUGUUGCUGCUAGUGGAGGAUAUUAUAUGGCCAUGGCUGCGCAGACUAUAGUUGCAGAAAAUCUUACUUUAACUGGUUCAAUUGGAGUUGUGACAGGAAAGUUUAAUUUGGGGGGUCUCUAUGAAAAAAUUGGUUUCAACAAGGAGAUCAUAUCUAGGGGAAGAUAUGCAGAGCUUACUGCAGCUGAACAGAGACCAUUCAGGGAUGAUGAAGCUGAACUCUUUGCAAAGUCAGCACAGAAUGCAUAUAGAGGUUUCCGGGACAAGGCAGCCUCUUCAAGAUCAAUGACUAUAGACAAGAUGGAGGAGGUUGCUCAAGGAAGAGUUUGGACAGGAAAUGACGCGGCUUCACGAGGUCUUGUUGACGCAGUUGGUGGACUAUCUCGAGCUGUGGCAAUAGCAAAACAAAAGGCUAAUUUACCAAUGGAUGAAGAGGUCACGCUUGUGGAGCUGUCAAGACCUUCAACGUCUCUGCCUGAACUCUUGGGUGGAUUAGGAGGCUCCAUUGCCGAAGCUGACAAAGCAAUCCGAGAGUUGCUUGAGGUCAUGGCUUCAUCCAGUGGAAUUCAAGCCCGCAUGGAUGGGAUCAUGAUGGAACAGCUUGGAGGUUCUUAUGCCAACACCAUUUUCACCGUGAUAAAAGAUUACUUGAGUUCUCUCUAGUAUCUUCAUAAUUAUUCAUCAUCAAGAAACAUGCGUACUCGUUAUUCAAAGAUGUAUAGGCAAGCCUAUCCUUAAUUGUGUUAUAUGCGAUUUCUAGUAGAGCAGAAUGUGGUGGUUUAUGUGUUCCUAAGGAUACUCUACCUUGUUUCAACCAAUUGUAAAUUGCUCUGUAUACGAGAUUAUGGUUUUCCAUCGUUUGGGAUCCCCUCUCUCA